AUGCAGCGGCCGGAGGUGCAGGCCGCCAUGCGGUCCAAGCUGAAAUACGAAAGCGCUGCAGAGGCCGCUCAGCGAACGAAGCUGGACAAGCUUGAGCGAAAGCAGCGGAGGUACGAGAUCAUGAACGAAUUGAUGAAGUGUGCAACCAACGUCAAGCAUCUGAUCUCGCCGAUGUUCCGGUAUAAGAUCACGCAGCAGUACCUAUGGAAGGUGCUUUGCGAAGCUCGCAAGGAAGGCUUGCUCUUCUGCGACAAGCUCCGGCAACCGCAAGUCUACCAUAGGCUUCAAGCCAUCAAGGCCGAAAUCACUGCUGGUCCUUAUGGCGUCGCCGGCUGGCAGGCGGAAGAAGAGGUGGAAGAGGACCUGAUGGACAAGAUGGUGGUUGAAGCCGACUGUAUUCCAGGUGGUAUUGACGGUGAGGCGCCAGACAGAAAGCAGGUUUUGGACAGGCGCGAGAUUCACGGAGUCCUUGACUUCGGGCAACGGAUCAAGUCAGAGGGGAAUGAGGCCUUCAUGAACGAGAACUGGGAAGGGGCUCUGACACGGUACUGCCAGGGAGAUGAGAUGCUAAAGAACUUCGCUGCUGAGCCGCACCUCGAAAAGGAAAACAAGGAACUGAAGACCAUGCAUCGCCAGUGCUUGAACAACAAGGCCAAUGCAGCACUGAUGGUGGAUCAGUGGCAGACGGCUUUGCGGGCGGCAGAUUCUGCCCUGAAGCUGAAGAUGGAUGACGAGAAGGCCCUGUUUCGGAAAGCGCAAGCUCUCGAGGGUCUUGGUCGAACAGAGGAGGCGCUGGGGGUGCUCGACGAAGUGGAAGAGAUCGCUGGUGACAUGGACGAGGAGUUCAGGGAACAGAUCCUGGAUGAUGUGCGCGAGCGCAAGGAGGAACUCAAAGCGAUCGAGCGCAAGGCAGCGAAGGACUUCAACAGCAUGUUCAAGGCAAUGGGUGACAAGCAGGUAUUUGGCAGUGGACGCUUCCUCGCGGAUGGCACCUCUCCGCCACCAGCGCUCACAGGCGCAGAAGAACGGAAGCUGAAGCGCAUCAAGGAGCAAGAAGAGUACAGGACGGCGAAAGCCAAAUACGAGCUGGAGCAGAGGAGGAAGGUUGAGAUCUGA